UGCAAAUAUGGAUAUUGAAGAGUAUGAUGUGAAUAUGGACGUGGACCAUAACGACUUUAUUUAUUUGUCGGAUGAAGACUAUCAGGACAUGAUUGAACUGAAUUCCAACUACUCGCAAUUGAUAGUGUGUGGUAAAGGCGUUCUGGAAUCUUUGCAGUUUCUGAUCGUUAAACUCAUUUCAUUCGCAGUUAUCAAACGAAUUUUGGUGGCACUUAACACGGCUGGUAAAUUGAACGAAUAUCUGCUAAACGCUUUUAUCGCUGGCGGAGGUCUAUUUAUGUUAUGGACGCAUAAUAGUGAUACGUUUCUUUGUAUUAUCACAUUUAUAGCGCUAUUGUUACCGAUAGUCUAUUUGACACCAUUCAUUAGUGCUUAUCGCUACUCGGAGUUGAUUUCAGUUUCAUUCGGAAUAACUUCACUUCUGUUCUGGUGCCAGUUCGAUUCGACUGUUAAUGAUGCAGAUGAAUUAAGGCAGUAUUCGCUGACAGCUGAAAUGUUUCUGUCAAUACGAGGCACGUUAAUGAUUGUGAUAAUGAAGUUGGUAUCGAUUUGCUGCGAUAUCGUUGGUGAGCAGUCAUCGAGUUGGAACGAGAUUGAUUUGACAGCAUUAAUAGCAUACUUCUUAGAUCCAUGCACUGUGCUGUUCGGUCCUUGGAUAUCUUUCAGUCAGUACAAAAGAUCCUUGCAAUGUAAAUCGUUCAAGGAGCAGAUGAAGGAUAUAAUCUACGGCAUAUUUCUAGUAGCCAUUUCGUUAAUAUUCGUACUUUAUUCAAGUUGUAUAACUGAACUGAUAUUUCCAAGGAACGGCUUCUGGUCGUCAUUCGGAAUCGCUCAGUCAUUCCGAUUCAGUCACUAUUUCGUCAGUUCACUUUCUCACGCAUCCGCAGUUGCCGCAGGCAUAUCAAUAAGUCCAGUGACUGACUAUAUAUCAAUCGAAUUACCGCGA